UCGUGCUGCAACAAGGGCAGGCGGUUCAGUUUGAAAGCAUCAUCUGCAGCACAGAGGAGGUGGCGUUUAUCUUUCACGAUCAAGGUUUGCAUAACAGCGGGAAAAUUGUCGUUAUACGGAAAGACAACAGAAAAUAAAAUGUUCACUAAUGAGGAGAACGAUGCGGGUGGGAUAUAAUGCGCUCUUCGCCAGGUCUGUUUAAUCUGUACGAGCUCAUUUUGUGUUGAUUUUCCGAGCCAUAGAGAAUGGAUGUUUUCGCGGAAAACCAGCAGGAAUCGGGGGAUGUUUCUGUGAUCGUUGUCGAGAACGAAGCUGAGAGCAUGCAAGAGGAGAAGUCAGGUGCACCCGUCCAGGCUUACCUGGACACAUGCCCCGUAUGCCAUCUUAACUUUCACACACGAGAGCCGAAACUUCUGCCAUGUCUGCAUUCUUUUUGCAAAAAGUGUUUGCCCUCACCAUCAAGAAAUUUGGCCACGACAGAGCCGCCAAAUCAGGAGGGUGACAGCGCAAACAAACCACUAAAUGUGCUCUGCUGUCCGGUGUGCAGGCAGGAGUGUAUGGCAGUAGAUGUAAUGGAUAAUGUCUUUGUGAAGGACUCAGCUGAGGCUCCCAGCAGCACAGUGGAAAAGACAGUUCAGCGCUGCAUGACCUGUGACGACAACACUGAAGCUGCCGGGUUUUGUGUUGACUGUGUUGAGUACCUGUGUGCCACAUGUGUGGAUGCCCACCAAAGAGUCAAAUUCACCAAAGACCACAUGAUAAAACAGAGGACCAACGACUCUCAAGAUGUCCAUGGUGUGUCCACUAAGAAGCCAAUGUUCUGUGAAAUCCACAAACAGGAGCCAGUGAAACUUUUCUGUGAGACCUGUGACUUACUUACCUGCCGUGACUGCCAGCUCAUCAAACACAAAGACCACAGCUACCAGUUCCUUGACGAUGCUUACAAAAACCACAAGCAGCACAUGGAAACUAUGACCCAACAGCUGCAUGAGAAAAAGAAACAUAUUGAAGAGGUGUCAAAUUCCAUAAAUACUGGACUUCUUCUGGUUGACAAGAACCGCACAACUGUUCACAAUGAAAUAAAGACGGCUAUCAGCAGUUUGAUUAUUGAGAUAAAUAAGAAGGGCAAGAUGCUAGUUAAUCAGCUUGAGGCUGUAACAAAGGACCAUGAGAGAGUCUUGCGAAAACAGCAGGAAGACAUUGGCUAUCUAUCCAGACACUUGGAUCAUGUCAUCAGCUUCACCAAAUGGGCCACAGCCAGGAAUGGGGGCAUGGCCCUUUUAUAUUGUAAACGUCUGAUUCUGUUUCAGAUUGAAAACCUCCUGCAGGCAAAAUGUAGCGUCAUAUUUGUACCACGAAGCACUGUGCACUUCCAGAGUCAAGCUUCGUACUGGGCUUCAAAUGUUGAUCUGGGCUCCUUAGUGGUAGAGAGUGUACCAGGCCACCAGUUUGUUGGUUGUCAGGGUAUCCCUCACCAGUCCACUCGCCUUGGACAUGGCCCCUCAAGAUCAACCCACAGUUUUUCCCUGGGAGCCUCCCAUAGCACUCUGGCUCAGCUACAGAUGCAGGUAGACAAGCUGAACCCACAGGCCGACUGGCAGCCCCAGCUGCUGCCUCCAUCUUGGACAUGGUACCAGUGCGUCCGACUACAGCCAACGGUGCCAGGGCUGCUGCGAGGAGUCUCUACCUCUCACAGCACGCCUCCCCAGCCUGGACGUGGGUCUAUGUUGCCUCCAUCCAGCCAUAUUCUUCUGAGGGGGACAGGAAGCAUCCCCAGCUGCCAAACUAAAUCUUUGGAUGUAUUUUCCUCUAUAUCUGUGGACAUGCAUGAAACACCACUCUCCAUCAGUGGUGGUGUUAGUUUACCUCAGUCAGAGCAGACAACUAGGCCCGCAUAUGUGAACAAGAUAAGAAAUUCAGCUGAGCCAGUCCACAUGGGGAAACCAAACUAUCCUAUUUGCCUUCAAUCUCCUCUGCCAAUCAGAAAUGUGCAAGGACAACAGACUUCACCAGGGUAUGCUGUUGUAUCCCAGGAAGAAAAACCAGGCACUGCCUCUUGGAAGCCUCCAAAAACACAUAAUCCGAGUGAAAUGGAAGGCUCUGCUGUCAAGAAGAGACGAAGGUCAUCUCCAGGGCCUGUCAUUGUCAUUAAAGAAGAGAUAGAUGAUGACAGUAGCUAUGCAUAUGCCAGUCAAAGAGCUAGCCUCCCUGACAGCACAGACGACCAACCAAUCAGUUCUCAAAGUGAAGGGAACAAGGUCUCGAGUCCUUUUCAAAGCACAGAUGACAAACCUCACAGGCCUUCUCGGUUGGACCAGUGUAAAACCAGAGCUCUGGAUCGUAUCCCUCUAGACCUAAAACAGCAGCCCGUUGAUCAAACACAAGCUGGGUUGGAAGAAGCUUCAUGUGCUGUGUGUCAGACUGGUGGAGAGUUGUUGUGCUGCCACAAGUGCUCGAAAGUUUUUCAUCUUACGUGCCAUGUUCCAACGCUCCUCAAAUCUCCCAGUGGGAAAUGGUUUUGCUCAUUUUGCCGUGACCUGCUAAUGUCUGAGAUGGAGUACUACAAACCUGAAACCCAGACAGAAAAGAAGGAGACAGAUUUUGAAGGAGGGUUAACCCUGAUGGAAAGACGAAAGUGUGAGAGGCUGCUGCUGCACUUGUUUUGCAGUGAGCUGAGUUCAGACUUUCAAGAACCCGUAUCCCCAUUGGGACCAAUGAAUCUUUCCUUUGUGAAACAACGUCUGGAGGCUGAGCAGAGACGGUGCUAUCAAAGCCCUGCAGAGUUUGUCUCAGACAUCAGGCUCAUCUUUGGUAAAUGUGCCGACUCCACUAAGGCCGACAUUGAAACUUCCACAACAUGGUGGAAACUUAGAGAACUUUUUGAAGAGCACCUGAAGCUCAUCUUCCCUGACCAGUCUUUUCCAGAAAUCAAACUGGAGGCUCUAACUGUUGCUAAUUAUGACUCUCAGCUCUCUCCUCUUGACAGUAUGUCCCAACUUGUGAAGCACCAACGCACGUGUUCACAUCCACAGGAGAAGAGGGUGUUGCACAACAGUUCAAACCUUCCAAACAUUUAGGUGGCUAAUGCUCCCGCCAGCACCAUAUGAACUAAAGAAAAUAGAAGUUAAAGCAUUUAUAAUAAGUGGCUACAUUGAAAUCACCAAAAAUGUAAUUGAAUGAUUAAACUGUGUUGCAGCUGAAAGAGCAAUAAAACUAGACACCGUGUUAUUUUUUCUGGACUAAAUGGCAUGAAAUCAGUUCAUGGAGUUUCUAGAUUUACACAUUAAAGUUAUUCAUUCAACAGUACGUGUAAAAUUAUUAUCACUUUCUUCACGAGACAGCUGGAGAAAUUCACUUUCUUCUUCAAAUUGGUUCUACAUUUGUUUAGAGCAGCCCUCAAUCUGGCCAUGUUAGCAACUCUGCAGACUGACACAGAUGUGGCAAGACAAGCUUGUUGAGCUUCAAAGGAACUGAACUACAACUCCCCCAACACACGCACACACACAACAAGAUUAACACCGCUUGAAUGUGACCUCGCAGCCACUGCAAUUUCCUCCUUCUAUUAGCUGGAGGUCACUUCAUGCUGCUGUUUCUUGUUAAGAAUAAAACUUUAUUGAGAGGGGGAGGAAAAGUAGGCUGUUUCUGGUAGGUGGAAGGCAUGAGAGGUUGUCCUCACAUGUUAAUAGUGUGAGAGAUGGUUAGGCAGGCCUCAAGCCUGGCAAGCUCACCACAACAGAUAAAUGGUGAAAAUUAUAAGUGGAGUCCCGCAAAAAAAAAUAAAA